AUGGAAGCAGAGCUACGGACCUAUCGUGAUCAACUAGCCUAUGUAAACCUUUCUCUGGAAGCCAAACCAGAUGACGAAUCACUGCUCAAACUCAAAGAGGAGCUCCUCGACAUUAUCCAACUCACACAGGCUGCCCUCGAUGCUCAAGCCGGUUCUAGCAAAUCCGUCGAUCCGUCCAAAUCCAAAGGUAAAUCCAGAGACGUCAACUGGCAGGAUCAAGGACCCUACAAGGCGGGUAUGGACUGUAUGGCCAAGUACAAAGACGGGAAAUGGUAUCCAGCGAAAAUAUCAGCCGUCGUAGGAUCUCAAGAUUCUCCUUUAUACACUAUCACCUUCAAAGGUUAUUCCUCAUCCACCAACGUUCCUGUCACUUCCCUACGACCACAUGAUCCCAGUGCUCCUGUACCUACCCAGAAGAGAGGCGCUGAGGAAUUGAGUGAAAAGGAGAAGGAAAAGAAAAAGCUCAAAGGGGAAAAGUGGAUGGCUUCACAAAAAGCGAGAGCUGAGGAAGUCAAAGAAAAGAAGAAUGCAUGGGAGAAGUUCGGCAAGAAGGCUCAGAAGAAGGGUAUUCACAUUGCCGGUCUGGAGGGCAAGUCGGUGUUCAGAACUGCGGACAAUCCAUUCGGCAGAGUUGGAGUAGUAGGUUCAGGAAAGGGAAUUACCGAGUACGAACGUAUGGGCAAGCACAAGUUUGAUCGAGAGAGUGAGGACUGAAAAGUCAUGAUAGACGUCCCCCCGGCACAUCGAUCGGUACUGCACUCAUUAUUAUACAUUGUUACGUCCUUGUAUUCUACAUUUCACAUUGUUUAUAUGCUGAGUCCUGUCCCCAGGUCUGCUACUACGAGUCUGAAGAGAACAACACAUUGGUAUGUCCAUUUUCAAAUGCUGUGCGAUGUAGAGAGUUAUCAGCAGC